AUGAUCGCGGAGCCUGCUCACUUUUACCUCUUUGGAUUAAUAUGUCUCUGUUCAGGCUCCCGUCUUCGACAGGAAGAUUUUCCACCUCGCAUUGUUGAACACCCUUCUGACCUAAUUGUCUCAAAAGGAGAACCUGCAACUCUGAACUGUAAAGCUGAAGGCCGCCCCACACCCACUAUUGAAUGGUACAAAGGCGGGGAGAGAGUGGAAACAGACAAAGAUGACCCUCGCUCACACCGAAUGUUGCUGCCAAGUGGAUCUUUAUUUUUCUUACGUAUAGUACAUGGACGAAAAAGUAGGCCUGAUGAAGGGGUCUACGUGUGUGUGGCAAGGAAUUACCUUGGAGAGGCUGUGAGCCACAAUGCAUCGCUGGAGGUGGCUAUACUACGGGAUGACUUCAGACAAAACCCCUCCGAUGUUAUGGUGGCAGUAGGGGAGCCUGCUGUCAUGGAAUGCCAGCCUCCACGAGGCCAUCCGGAGCCCACCAUCUCCUGGAAGAAGGAUGGCUCUCCACUGGAUGACAAAGAUGAAAGAAUAACUAUACGAGGAGGAAAGCUAAUGAUUACUUACACCCGUAAAAGUGAUGCUGGCAAAUACGUUUGUGUUGGGACCAAUAUGGUCGGGGAACGUGAGAGUGAAGUAGCAGAGCUCACUGUUUUAGAGAGACCAUCCUUUGUGAAGAGACCUAGUAACUUGGCAGUGACUGUGGAUGACAGUGCAGAAUUUAAGUGUGAGGCCCGAGGAGACCCUGUGCCUACAGUCCGGUGGAGGAAAGAUGAUGGAGAGUUGCCCAAAUCCAGAUAUGAAAUCCGAGAUGAUCAUACCUUGAAAAUUCGGAAGGUGAUGGCUGGUGACAUGGGAUCAUAUACUUGUGUUGCAGAAAAUAUGGUUGGAAAAGCUGAAGCAUCAGCCACUCUGACUGUUCAAGUGAUUGCAGACCGGCCUCCCCCAGUCAUUCGACAAGGUCCUGUGAAUCAGACCGUAGCUGUGGAUGGUACUUUAGUCCUCAGCUGUGUGGCCACAGGCAGUCCAGUGCCCACAAUUCUGUGGAGAAAGGAUGGAAUCCUUGUUUCAACCCAAGAUUCCCGAAUCAAACAGCUGGAGACAGGAGUGUUGCAGAUCCGAUAUGCAAAGCUGGGUGACACUGGUCGGUACACCUGCAUCGCAUCGACCCCCAGUGGUGAGGCCACGUGGAGUGCUUACAUUGAAGUCCAAGAAUUUGGAGUUCCAGUUCAACCUCCGAGACCUACUGACCCAAAUUUAAUCCCUAGUGCCCCUUCAAAACCCGAAGUCACAGAUGUCAGCAGAAACACAGUCACUUUAUCAUGGCAACCAAAUUUGAAUUCAGGAGCAACUCCAACAUCUUAUAUUAUAGAAGCCUUCAGCCAUGCAUCUGGUAGCAGCUGGCAGACCGUAGCAGAGAAUGUGAAAACAGAAACAUUUGCCAUUAAAGGACUCAAACCUAAUGCAAUUUACCUUUUCCUUGUGAGGGCAGCUAACGCUUAUGGAAUUAGUGAUCCAAGCCAAAUAUCAGACCCGGUGAAAACACAAGAUGUUCCACCGACGAGUCAGGGGGUGGACCAUAAGCAGGUCCAGAGAGAACUGGGAAACGUCGUCCUACACCUCCACAAUCCCACCAUCCUUUCUUCCUCAUCAAUUGAAGUGCACUGGACAGUGGACCAACAGUCUCAGUAUAUUCAAGGAUAUAAAAUUCUCUAUCGGCCAUCUGGAGCCAACCAUGGUGAAUCGGAGUGGUUAGUUUUUGAAGUGAGAACUCCAACCAAAAAUAGUGUGGUUAUCCCUGAUCUCAGAAAGGGAGUCAACUAUGAAAUUAAGGCUCGCCCUUUUUUUAAUGAAUUUCAAGGAGCAGAUAGCGAAAUCAAGUUUGCCAAAACCUUAGAAGAAGCACCAAGUGCCCCACCCCAAAGUGUAACUGUAUCAAAGAAUGAUGGAAAUGGAACAGCAAUUCUUGUCAGCUGGCAGCCACCUCCAGAAGACACUCAAAAUGGAAUGGUUCAAGAAUAUAAGGUUUGGUGUCUGGGCAAUGAAACCCGAUACCAUAUAAACAAGACAGUAGAUGGUUCUACCUUUUCUGUGGUUAUUCCCUCCCUGGUUCCCGGGAUCCGAUACAGUGUGGAAGUGGCAGCCAGCACUGGCGCUGGACCUGGGGUGAAAAGUGAGCCUCAAUUCAUCCAGUUAGAUUCUCAUGGGAACCCCGUGUCACCUGAAGACCAGGUCAGCCUUGCUCAGCAGAUUUCAGACGUGGUGAAGCAGCCAGCGUUCAUCGCAGGAAUCGGAGCAGCCUGCUGGAUCAUCCUCAUGGUCUUCAGCAUCUGGCUCUACCGACACAGGAAGAAGAGGAACGGACUUACUAGUACUUAUGCGGGUAUCAGGAAAGUCCCGUCCUUUACCUUCACGCCAACAGUAACUUAUCAGAGAGGAGGCGAAGCUGUGAGCAGUGGAGGGAGGCCAGGACUUCUCAACAUCAGUGAACCUGCUGCACAGCCGUGGCUGGCAGACACGUGGCCUAAUACUGGCAACAGCCACAAUGACUGCUCCAUCAACUGCUGCACCGCCGGCAAUGGGAACAGCGACAGCAACCUGACCACCUACAGCCGCCCAGCUGAUUGUAUAGCAAAUUAUAACAACCAACUGGAUAACAAACAAACAAAUCUGAUGCUCCCUGAGUCAACUGUUUAUGGUGAUGUGGAUCUUAGUAACAAAAUCAAUGAGAUGAAAACCUUCAAUAGCCCAAAUCUGAAGGACGGGCGUUUUGUCAAUCCAUCAGGGCAGCCCACUCCUUAUGCCACCACCCAGCUCAUCCAGUCCAACCUCACCAAUAACAUGAACAAUGGCAGCGGGGACUCCAGCGAGAAGCACUGGAAACCACCCGGUCAGCAGAAACAAGAAGUGGCACCAAUUCAGUAUAACAUCAUGGAGCAAAACAAACUGAACAAAGAUUAUCGAGCAAAUGACACAGUUCCUCCAACGAUUCCAUACAAUCAAUCAUAUGACCAGAAUACGGGAGGAUCCUACAACAGUUCGGAUCGGGGCAGUAGUACAUCUGGAAGUCAAGGGCACAAGAAAGGGGCACGGACACCCAAGGUUCCCAAACAGGGUGGCAUGAACUGGGCAGACCUGCUUCCUCCUCCCCCGGCACAUCCUCCUCCCCAUGGCAACAGUGAAGAGUACAGUAUUUCUGUAGAUGAAAGCUAUGAUCAAGAAAUGCCAUGUCCUGUACCACCAGCACGGAUGUAUUUGCAGCAGGAUGAAUUAGAAGAGGAGGAAGAUGAAAGAGGCCCCACACCUCCUGUGCGGGGAGCAGCUUCUUCUCCAGCUGCCGUGUCCUAUAGCCAUCAGUCAACUGCCACUCUGACCCCGUCCCCACAGGAAGAACUCCAGCCCAUGUUGCAGGAUUGCCCAGAGGAGAUUGGCCAUAUGCAGCACCCACCUGACAGGCGAAGGCAGCCAGCGAGUCCUCCUCCACCUCCGCGGCCGAUUUCUCCCCCGCACACCUAUGGCUACAUUUCAGGACCCCUGGUCUCAGAUAUGGAUACGGAUGCUCCAGAAGAGGAAGAAGAUGAAGCCGACAUGGAAGUUGCCAAAAUGCAAACUAGAAGGCUUUUAUUACGUGGGCUUGAGCAGACCCCUGCCUCAAGUGUUGGGGACCUGGAGAGCUCUGUCACUGGGUCCAUGAUCAACGGCUGGGGUUCAGCCUCAGAGGAGGACAACAUCUCCAGUGGGCGUUCCAGUGUUAGUUCUUCCGAUGGCUCCUUUUUCACUGAUGCUGAUUUUGCCCAGGCAGUGGCAGCGGCCGCAGAGUAUGCUGGUCUGAAAGUGGCGCGAAGGCAGAUGCAGGAUGCUGGUGGUCGCCGACAUUUUCAUGCAUCUCAGUGCCCGAGGCCCACAAGUCCUGUGUCUACAGACAGCAACAUGAGUGCUGCGGUCAUGCAGAAAGCCAGACCAGCCAAGAAACAAAAACACCAGCCAGGACAUCUGCGCAGAGAAGCCUACACAGAUGAUCUUCCACCUCCCCCGGUGCCACCACCUGCUAUAAAAUCACCUACUGUCCAAUCCAAGGCACAGCUGGAGGUACGACCUGUAAUGGUGCCAAAACUCCCUUCUGCAGAAACCAGAACAGACAGAUCGUCAGAUCGAAAAGGAGGCAGUUACAAGGGGAGAGAAGUAUUGGACGGAAGGCAGGUUGCUGACCUGCGAACAAACCCGGGUGAUCCCAGAGAAGCACAGGAACAGCAAAAUGAUGGGAAAGGACGAGGAAACAAGGCAGCAAAGCGAGACCUUCCACCAGCAAAGACUCAUCUCAUCCAAGAGGAUAUUCUACCUUACUGUAGACCUACUUUUCCAACAUCGAAUAAUCCCAGAGAUCCCAGUUCCUCAAGCUCAAUGUCAUCAAGAGGAUCAGGAAGCAGACAAAGAGAACAAGCAAAUGUAGGUCGAAGAAAUAUUGCAGAAAUGCAAGUACUUGGAGGAUAUGAAAGAGGAGAAGAUAAUAAUGAAGAAUUAGAGGAAACUGAAAGCUGAAGACAACCAGAGAGGCUUGUGCGAUCUAAUGUGAAAAUUAUCAGUCAAGAUGCCUCAUGUCUGAUGACACAUGACGCCAGAUAAAAUGUUCAGUGCAAUCAGAAUGUACAAAUUGUCGUUUUUAUUCCUCGUAUUGGGGUACCAUUUAAAAAAAAAAGUUAUUGGGUUUUUAUUGUUGCUCUUUGAUCCCUAACCCUAGGAAGAACCUUUCUCUUCCCCUCGCUGUUGGAACCAUUUCUCUUGACUUCCAACAAGAAAAGUGUAUCAACUUCUUGCUUCAGUCAUCAGCCUCAAGAAAGAACCAAACAGUUCUUUUGCAUUUUGCCCCUGAGAUAUGGCAUUGCACUGCUUAUAUACCAAGCUAACUUAUAGCAAAAUAUUGAUUGAAGAUACAAACUUGAUUUAUCAACCUCAUGCCAAGGGCUCUCAAAGUAUAAUCUUUCUAUAACCGACUGCUAAUGCAAAUCAAAGCAUAUUUCAUUUUAACAUGAUUUUAAAAUCAGUCUUUCAUACCACCCUUUGUGGGGAGAAACUAAAAAUAUAGCAAAUGCAGAACAACAAACAAUUCGAACGGGGUAAAAACAUUGUAAAUAUAUACUCUUUGCAACCCCUGGUGGUACUUUAUUUUGUCUUCAUUUCAACCAUGGAAGUAUAUUCUUAUUGGAAAUGUACUUUUUGAUAAGGAGGGCUAAGCCAGUUGCAUCUCUGGUUGUCUAGUCAUUGUCAUAAGGACGCCUAGCAAAAAAAAUCUUGUUCUAUUUUUCAAUCAAGAAGCAAUUAUAAAUGCACAUUACAAACAAAUGGAUGCCUUUAAUGACCAAUCGAGUAAAGACAUCCUAUCUUAACUGGCCUAAAUUUCUUCUGGUAGUGUCAGUUCAGCUUUCAGAAGUGCCACUUAAGGAAGUUUAUUUGAUUUUUGUUUUUGUAAUGCACUGUUUUUAAUCUUUUUUUUUUUUUUUUGGUUUUAAAAGCACAAUCACUAAACUUUAUUUGUAAACCAUUGUAACUAUUAACCUUUUUUGUCUUAUUGAAAAAAAAAAUGUUGAGAAGCGUUUUUAACCUGUUUUGUUAAUGCUCUAUGUUUGUAUUUGGAAUAUUUGAAUGAUAAGAGAUGGUGGAGUCACGUGCAUACUUUAUCGUGGGCCAUGAACUAGAGGGUUCUUACUUUCCUAGAUUUAAAGAAAAAAAUGGUUUAAGUUUGUUGUGGCCAAUGUAGAAUCCUACAAGCUUUCCUUAUAAGCUCAAAUAGGGCAUUACUGCUUUGAAUUGCCAAACGAUGCCCUCUGACUGUAGAUUUUUAUGAUCUUUUUUUGUCAUUAUAUGAAUUUCAUUGACUUUAUAAUUGGUGCUAUUUGAAGAAAAAAAAAUGUACAUUUAUUCAUACACAGGUAUCAGGCCUGACCCCACUGGAAAAACAAAGCCAAACAAAACUGAACCACAAACAAUGGCUGGUGUUCACCAAAAAUGAAAAGUGCUCACUUAGAUUAUUUGAGAAAGUUUCAUAGAAAGCGUGUGCAGUACUAAGGGAACAACCCAUGUGAUUAAUGUUUUCAUUAUGUUCAUGUAAGAAGCCUCUUAUUUUUAGCCAUAAUUUUGCAUACUGAAAAUCCAAUAAUCAGAAAAGUAAUUUUGUCACAUUAUUUAUUAAAAAUGUUCUCAAAUACAU